AGUUGGUCGCCAUAAAAUGGCUCUUACACUCUUUAAUGUUUCUUUCCUCCCAACUUCUCUCAUUUUUAUUUUGUGUAUAUAUAUAUCAUUCCCACACACCCUCCAAAUCACUCAUCUUCUCUAACACCUUAGCUCUCACUUUGAAACACAUAUAUAUAGUUUUUUUCAAUUGAGAUUUUCUAAUUCUUCAUACAAAGAUGGGUUUGAAGGGAUUUGAAGAAGGCGGCGUUGCUUCGAUCGUGGCCGGUUGCAGCACCCACCCUCUUGAUCUGAUCAAGGUGAGGAUGCAGCUUCAGGGAGAGCCCGCCGCCGUUCAAUCUCUCCGGCCUGCCCUCGCUUUCCAAACAGCCGCUGCUUCUCACGCCGUCCACAUGCCUACUCCUCCAGCCCGCGUGGGACCAGUCUCGGUAGGACUCCGCAUCAUCCAGCAUGACGGCGCCGCCGGGCUCUUCUCCGGCGUGUCGGCGACCGUGCUCCGGCAGACUCUCUACUCGACCACGAGAAUGGGGCUCUACGAAAUCCUCAAGAACAAAUGGACCGAUUCUGAGACCAACAGCCUUCCCCUCCCAAGAAAGAUCGCGGCGGGGCUCAUCGCCGGAGGCGUGGGCGCCGCCGUAGGGAACCCCGCCGACGUAGCCAUGGUCCGAAUGCAGGCCGACGGGCGCCUCCCCUUAGAGCAGCGGCGCAACUACAAGAGCGUGGUGGAUGCCAUUUCGCAGAUGAGCAAGAAGGAGGGGAUUGCUAGCCUGUGGCGCGGAUCAUCGCUUACGGUGAACCGCGCCAUGGUGGUGACGGCGUCGCAGCUGGCUUCGUAUGAUCAGUUCAAGGAGAUGAUUUUGGAAAAGAAUUUGAUGAGGGAUGGCCUCGGGACGCACGUCACGGCCAGCUUUGCGGCGGGAUUCGUGGCGGCGGUGGCGUCCAACCCGGUGGAUGUGGUGAAGACGCGGGUGAUGAACAUGAAGGUGGAGGCGGGGAAGGCGGCGCCGUACAGCGGCGCAGUGGACUGCGCGGUGAAGAUGAUUAAGGCGGAGGGGCCCAUGGCGCUCUACAAAGGCUUCAUUCCCACCAUUUCAAGGCAGGGGCCUUUCACCGUUGUUCUCUUUGUUACACUGGAACAAGUUCGAAAAUUGUUCAAGGAUUUAUGAAAUUAGCUACUCAUCCAUCAUCGAUCGAUCAUGACGACUAUCAACUAAAAGUCAGUCACAAUUUUUUGAUUAUUAAUUUGUAUCAUUCAAAAUUUGAGUCAUACUGUUCAAUUAUAAAUUCUUCAACUUUAUACUAA